CGUACAAACAAAACGCUGCGUCCCUAACCUUCUCCUGGAAAGCGCGUUUAGUUGGCAGCCAGAAUACCGAGAUAUCUUGCGAGGAAAAGCGACGGCAGUAAACGUCCGCGAUGGACGAGGUGGUGGAGUUGCAGGACAUGGAAAACGUGUGCAGGCUCUGCCUCUCCACCGACGAGCCGAAGUCGUCGGUUUUCGGGAUGCAAGACUCUCCGGUACCGUUGGUCACUAAGAUACAAGCCUGCUUGUCGAUUCAGAUUUCAGCCACGGAUAAAUUGUCAAAAGACAUAUGUGCGGAGUGUGUUAGAAAUGUGAAUCAGUGGCAUAAUUAUAAGGAAGCUUGCCUUCGUUCUCAAGAUAAAUUACACCAAUGGCUAGAGAAGCAUUUGCAGUCAAUUCCCAUGGUCAUAACUAUCAAGGAUGAACCCGUGGAUUUAGAUUUUUACGAAGACAACGUCGAGGUUAUUUCAGAGUCUACUAUUGAAUCAGACUUGGACUCAAUAAAUAUCGAAGAUAGUAUAAAUAAUGUACCGAAUAGUGUUCACGUUCAAAUAUUAACCGACGACGAAGAAGAUGUACCCAAAGUUCCAGCACCAACGAAAGACGUGGACGUACCUACAAAACCUGAGCCACAACUGGACUACGAUACGGACUGUACCAUAGAAAUAGAAUCUGUUACCGGUAGCGAGCUCGUACCUAACCCUCUCUCGAGUAAUGAAGACAGAGUCAUGGAAGCUGAUUCCACGCAAAAGUCCAGCGCCUCGACAUCGGCAAGUAAGAAGAAGAUUAGACGAGGUCCGCACACUCACUUCAGGGGAGCGCGUGUUUUCAAGCAAAAGUGUGUGCAUUGUCAAAUCAAUUUACAUUCUAAGUAUUCUUACGCGAAACAUAUGGAAAGAUUUCAUACCGACAAGCAAAAUGGCGACGCGGAUCCUGAGAAGCUAGACGACGAAGAAGAAUUGAUCGAAGACUUGGAGGACGAAUUAAUCAGCAUGGAGAAGGAUGCUCCGCUAACGCAGGUACAGCAAAGUAUCAUCAGUCAAUUGAAAACGUUCUCGUGUUAUUCCUGUCAACAAAGCUUCACCGAUCGAAGGAAUACGCUUUCUCACAUUCGUCAGCACAUGCCCGAUUUAAGGCCUUACACGUGCAUCGCGUGUUUGACAGAGUUCCCAGAUCGAUCAAUGUACAAAUUGCACUGCGGUGCUUCGUUUGAGUGCGCGAUGAAAAUUGCACUGGUUAUACCCAACCAUGGCGAGGAGAAGUAUUUCACGUGCAACAUGUGUUUACGUUCUAUGCCAAACCGGAAAGAUUUACUUAGCCAUCUUUCGAAACACUCCGACAGACAAUACGAAGAAUUAAUCUCACCAUCGCGAUCUCCUCCUAAAUUAAAACCAAUGGCACCUCUGCCGAAUCUAAAACAGGAAGUGAUAAGAAAGUCGCACGGAGAAGGUCCGACUAUUCCUCUUCCUUAUAAAAACGGCGAUCCGGCGCACAAUCACGUUUGCGAUUUGUGCGGAAUGAUCUACCGAUACAGGCCUAACAUGCUUAAGCAUCUAGAUUUGUGUCAACGUCUAUCGCCAGACGUCAGAACGUCCUACAAAUGCGUGCACUGCGGUAUGACGUAUCUCGUGUUCAAAAAGUUCCAUAACCACAUCACUUUGGACCAUAAAAAGAAAGAUUUCAUAUGCUCCGAGUGCUGUAGCAAAUUCAGAUCUCCCAGCGAUUUCUUGGCUCAUCAUGAGACGCAUCGCAGGCCACGCAACGUGAAGCAACCCGCGUCGAACCACGAAAAGGAGACCAAGAAGCCAGUGCAAAAUAUCACGACCCCGAUCAAAGACUGGGACACGUUCGAGGCGGAAAUAAACGCAGCCAAGAUAUCCGACAGCAAUCAGUACAGUUGUGCCCUGUGCAACUUGGAAUUCACCACCAGAGCCGAGCUAACCGAGCACAGGAAUCUUCAUCUGAAGGUGAAGAUCUAUUCUUGCGUGAUCUGUCGCAGCAUGUUCAGCAGCGCGGGUGCCUUAGAGAGCCACAUGAAGGAUCACGGUAUAGAGGAUCCGAGCGAGCAGAACGCGAACAGCUCAUGCGUGGAGUACGGGACGGUAGAGGAUGAUUCGCGGGACUCCAAGACGAUUAACGUUAGCGCUACCUCGGAUCCCGGUACGAACAAGAACGAGUGUCAUUCGUGCGGCAAGAUGUUCUCCAACUACGCAAACCUCCGAAGACAUAUACGAAACAUACACAAAUCGGGAAAGUCUCACUUUAGUUGUCCCGACUGUUCGCGAACGUUCAAGACCAAGGAGAUACGCGAUCGGCACAUAACGACCGAGCACAAAGCUUUGAAGAACAUGUGUCCCAAAUGCCCAAAGAGUUUCGUGUUCAAAGGGAAUUUGAAUCUUCAUUUCCAAAACGCUCACGGUGAGAAGUCGCGAUCUCAAACUGGUCACAAAUGCGACCUCUGCGGCAAGGUGUUUUUAGAGGAAGCCUCCCUCAAGAUACACAGAUCAUGGCAUAGCCGAGCAAACUCGCGCUUAAGCAUACGAUUCAUGACGAACGAGGAUAAGAAACCGGCGAAACCGUUGAUCACGCCCAAACAGGAACAGGAUUUCAAUACCAGUUCCGACAGACCGGCCAGGGCACGGAAAUCCUUCCCGAAUCCGCCCCCCACGAAACCUCAAGGCAACUUCCAGUGCCAGGUAUGCAACGACAAGUUUAGCGACGUAACCGAGCUGAGGAAACACUUGUGGGACGUACACUGCGCCCGCAACAAGUCCGAGAAGACUUUCUCGAGUGACGAGCUCCAGUGCGAGCUCUGCACGAACGUUUACCCCGACAGGGAGACGCUGAACAUGCACAUGCAAUGGCACAAGGCCUAUCCCAUUCUCAGCGAUCACAGCAAACCGACUUUCCCUUGCGAGAUUUGCGGGAAAAUGUACAGCUCCAAGAAGGUGCUAUGGAGACACAAGAAGCUUCACAAAGCCACCACCGCGGCCUCCGCCAAGUUCCAGUCGAUGAUGAAAAAGCCCACCGCGAACGAUAACUUGUGCAACAUCUGUCAAAAGGUCUUCAGCAGCAGCCAGUCGCUGCAACGCCAUCAGCUAAACUUGCACAGCGAAAUAUUCAAUCAACGACCGCCGUCGCUGUACAACAACUCGCGUAUGUCUUCGCAAGACGAGCCCAAAUCGAAGAAGGUGAAAGUGGAGUCGGAGGAGAGCCUGCAAAAACCAUUGUCCGCUAUAGAUGCCGUGCAUACAGGCAAGAAGUCGGUGAUGUGCCACAUCUGCAGGAAGUUCUUCCCGAACAUGAGCGUGCUAUACAAGCACAAGCAGCUGAUGCACAACAAGUCGCGCGUGGUGAAGAAUAUCGUCAAAGCAGCUACGACGACGUCCUCGGAGUGCAUCCCGUUGGCUGGAAACAACGGAAAGGUUUGCUGCAACAUUUGCUUCAAGGAGUUCCCGGGUGUGUCGAAUCUGCGCCAGCAUUUCACCGUCAAACAUAAGAACUCACCGCCUCAGCACGCGUGCCCGAUCGACGGCUGCAAGCUGAUGUUCCCCACGCUUCAGAACCUCAAGGCUCACGAGCAGUCGCACACCAGCAUGAUUUACAGCUGUACUCUGUGCGGCAAACACGUGUUCACCAGAACAGCAAUGACGAACCACAUGCUGACGGUCCACAACACCGUCUACGACGCGGAUACCAACAAGAACUUUCACAAGGAGACAGACCUGACCAAUUACGUCGUGAAGGACGCCGUGGACGCGACCUGUCCCCACUGCAAGAUCAAGUAUCCCAACAACAGGGCCAUGAAGAUCCACUACUUCAAGUUCCAUGACGCCAUGGGUCAAGCAUAGACCCGA